CUUUUUUGCGCACAUUGCAUGCAGGCACAAAAAAAUCUGUUCCGUUUCUGUUGCUCAUUAUUAUUUAUUAUAUUCAAUAACACGGCUGACAGUGGAGUGACUGAUACCUAACGGUGAAUUGCAAAUUAAAACCACAACCUGUGGAAUGCCAGCCAAGUUCGAAUCUUCCACUGGAUUUGAAAGCAUCAAAAUGGCAGAACUUGUCUUUGAUACUCAAAAUCCUUUAAAUUGCCCACUCUGUCUGAAUCUGCUUAAGAACCCAGUGACUACAACUUGUGGGCACAGUUUCUGUAUGGACUGUAUAAAGGGGUGCUGGGAUCAGGAUGCUUCUUUGAGACGAGCUUACAGCUGCCCUACGUGCAGGACUACAUUCAACCAAAGACCAGCUCCCAGCAAAAGCACUGUCUUGGCUGAAAUUGUAGAGGGACUAAACCAAGCAGUACCAGCUGGGCCUGGAGAUGUGAAAUGUGAUGUUUGUAAAAUAAGAAAACUCAAAGCUAUCAAGUCUUGUCUGGUGUGUUUGGCUUCUUACUGUCAAACUCACAUUCGGCCUCAUUAUGAGUCUGAAGCUUUCAAAAAACAUAAGCUGGUAAACGCUUCCCCAAAUCUACAGCAGCAGAUCUGCUCUCAACAUAAUAAAGCACUGGAGAUUUACUGCUAUAAUGACUGGAAGUGUAUUUGUGUAGUUUGUAUGGGGGAUCAGCACAGUGGACAUAAAACAGUCUCAGCUGCAGAUGAAAUGGCUAAAAAACAGAAGGAACUGAAAAUACAAAACAGGGAUUUCACUCAGAAAAUCACACACAUCGUCAAGAAGGUCGAGGCAUUUAGGAAGGCUGUAGAUUCUCAUAAGCGCUUUGCACAGGCAGCAGUGGAGCACAGUGACAGGAUCUUCACUGAGCUUAUCAGCUCUAUUCAGAAAAGACGAACUGAGGUGAGACAACUGAUCAGAGCUCAGGAAAAGAGGGAGAUAGGACAGAUCAAUGAUCACAUACAGAAACUGGAGCAGGAGAUCAGUAAUCUGCAAAAUGAGAAUGAUAAACUGAAGCUGAUUUUACAUACAGAGGAUCACAUUCAUUUCUUCCAGAAUUACUCUUCUCAAUCUGGAGUGUAUCUGUGCACAACUUCACCCAGAGAUGUUAAUUACCUCCUGACAUUUGAGAAUGUAGACAAAUCUGUCUCAGAGCUGAAAAACCAACUGGAUAAAGUCUGUGAAGAGCACAUGGACAAAAUAUCAAAGAAAGGUGAAGUAACACUGUCAAGAACCAUUCAGACCUUUACAAGUAUGUAGUUGAGAUGCAACGGUAUGAUAUUUCAUAUCACAAUUAUAGUGAACAAAAUGAUAUCAAUAUUUUCAAUCAUUAAAAUGUCCUGGAAGUGUUCAAAAAGUACUCAUACACACAGUCACACACUAAAAUCAUUUCACCAAGUUUUAUAUAGAAAACCAAUAAAGAACAAAUAGCAUUAUGGACUUUUUGUUUGCAUUAACAUUAAAAUAACGUUAAAAAUGAUAGCCGGAUUA